CCCUCAUAAGAAGAAACGUGUGCGCCGGGUUGAGAUGGAGUUGAACGAAUUGCAAGAACAGCUGCAGCGGAAGGCGGAGGAGCUGCAACGCGCGGAAGCCGAGUCCCUUCGCCUGCGUCAGCGCCUCAAGCUUCUCGAGACGAUACUGCCUGUGCGCGAGCAGCAGAUUCGGCUGCUUCAGUCGGAAGCGGCACAUCCCUCGAACGGUGCCGCCACCGCACCGCCUGCUGCGCGGCAGCGGCUCACCAUCACGGAGCUCGCGCCCAGCGACAGUGACGCAUCGUCUGUGGACAUGGGGUUUUCGCCAGGAGGCGGGGGCAGCGGCGAGGGCGGGAGCGGGGGCGCGGGCAGCUCCGUAGCUAUCAGCGUGUCGGCGGAGGGGCGCUAUCUCCUGGACGAGCGAGGGCAAGUGGUCCUGGUGCCGCUGCAGGCUCCUCCGCACGGGGGCGCGGGCGAGAUCAUGCAGCGCUUCAUGGCCAUAUGGAACCGGGACGUACGGGAGGCGGCGCUGCUGCUGGCCGCGCACGACGUGAGGCCGCACGACCCCACCCCAGCCAUGAAGCUGGGGCAGCUGCAAGACGAGAACUGGCCGCUCCUGUGCGCCAUGUGGCGACACUACCCCAGCCUGCUGAAGGACGUGUGCCGCCGCAACAUGGACACGGGGCGCCUGGAGGACCCGCCGCCCGGGCACUGGGCUGCCGUGGUGCGGGGCCUGCGGCCGACGCCGGAGCAGCGGGCGGCUUGUGUGGCCGCACUAGACCUGUACCGGGAGCGAAUGGGCCCAGCGCUACAGGAGCGGAAAAGUCUCGCGCACCAGAUGUCGGCGGCACUGGCGCAGGCAGAGGGGCAACGCAAUGCCGCCACUGCUGCUGCCGUUGGGGCAGAGACCGGCCAGCCCACGCAUCAGGUGCUGGGGCGGCUUGGGGGCUGGAGCCCAGACGGCGUACCUGGCGCCAAUGACAGCGCGAGCGGCUGUAGCAGCAGCGGCGGCGGUGGCUGUAGCAGCGGCGGCAAGGACGUGACGUUGGAGUUCAUGAGCGCGGCGCAGUCGCUGCAGCGGAACGUUGCUACCGAGACCCACUGCAUGGGUGUAGUGUACGACUUUCUCGGCGCUGGCGUGUUUGGCGUGGUGCAGAUGAAGCGCAUGAGCGUGCUGUCGCACCCCUUCUUCCCAGACAUCUUGGCAGUGCUGACAGCGGUGGAGGAUAUGGAGCAGCAAGGUGGUGGGGGCGGGCCGCAGCAGACGUGAGGGUUGCGUGAGUGCCGCAAGCAUAAGGGAAGCGGUGUUUACUUGAUACUGCGUAGGAUGAUACUGCUGAUGUGCAAAAGCGCAAACGCAGCAGCGGAAGCUGUGGUGCGCCAGUGCGCAACGACGAUUUGGCAUGCAUUCAAGAUUGGGCUUACGGUUGUCUGUGUCGUAUGUCUUCGAAUGGCAGUGUCGUCGCUUUUGUAAGGCGGUGCGGCGGUGUGCCCAUUUAUCCCGCACUGGCAUAGCUAAAUUGCACUGUGGGACCUGCUUGCAGCCUUGCACUGACGGAACUGAAGUCGUAUGGCAGAACUACGCACUAGGGUACUGAAUGCCAGGAAGUGCAAAUCUUUUGGAGGUGUCAAGUAGCUGACUUCUGGGUCACCUGAACUAACCGUGGGAGUCUGGGACAAGGCGUCAAAUGUGUGAUCGUGCAGGUCAAGUUCACCUGAUGGCAUGGCUGUGAAAUGUCUCGUUCGAGGCCUACGCUCGUGUGCCGGCGCUGGGCGAGGUGGCGGUUAGAGAAAUUCGAGUCGAUACAGUGUUUUACGAAGGGCGCAGAUUGAGGGCAGCUGCCGACAAGCAGGGCGUGGGUUUGGGCCGUGCUCACAUGCCGUAAUCAUGCUUUGAUGAACGUUGGAACACGCCCUCUGAUAUGACU